GUUAGAGAACUAGGAAUGAGAGAGAGCAGGUGUUUGGUUAAAAGCGAAAAUGGCAGAAGACUCACUCACGAUACUAGGGUUCUGGGGUAGUCCAUUUGUCCUGAGGGUCAAGUGGGCUCUUGAACUAAAAGGGGUUCAAUACCAAUAUGUUGAAGAAGAUUUUAAGAACAAGAGUGAUAUGCUCUUGCAGUAUAAUCCUGUUUACAAGAAGGUACCUGUUCUUGUGCAUGACGGUAAGUCCAUAUCAGAAUCACUAGUGAUUCUAGAAUAUAUUGAUGAGAUCUGGAAGCAAAAUCCUCUUCUUCCACAUGAUCCCUAUGAGAGGGCCAAGGCGCGAUUCUGGGCUAAAUUCGCUGAUGAAAAGUGUGUGCCAGCAUUUAUAGCUACCUUUUCCAAAAUAGGAGAGGAACAACAGGAGGCAGCACAAGAAGCUCGUGAGAAUUUGAAGAUCCUUGAAAGUGGACUUGAGGGAAGGCGCUACUUUGGAGGUGAAAAUAUAGGCUUUGCUGAUAUUGCUGUUGGGUUUUUUGGACGCUGGGUUCGAGUGGUAGAAGAAACUGUAGGCAUAAACCUAAUUGAUACAGAGUCCAUGGCCAAACUUAGUACUUACUUCGAUGACUUUCUUGAGCUUCCUGUUAUCAAAGAAUGCACGCCGUCUCAUGAUAAGUUGCUUGAGCACAACAAGGCCUUCCACAAGGUCUUGACAUCUUCAUCAACUUGAGAAGAUUUGCCACACCUAUACAAUACAAUAUGUUAUAUAUGAUGAUGCUUCGAUCAUGUUUGAUGAGUGUGUGUAUGAUAUAUGGGUCUGCAAUGCCAAUAUCAUGCAAUAUGUUAAUGCUUUGUUCAUGUUAUGUGUGUAUGAUAAUAUGUGUGGCAUAAUUCCUAUAAACACGGACCUGAGCUCAAACCUAAACUAACCAUGUAAACACAGAACAAUACAAUGAAAUUACUAAUUCACGUAAAA